CGUCAUACUCCAAUUGACCAUCAACAACCACCCAGCAUCCCACAAUGCCUCCAAAAGGGAAGCAAAAAGCUGUGAAAUCAGCCACCAAACAAAUCCCUCCGCCAUUCUCCCCCGCCGAUCCCUCCCUCGCGCCCCUCCUUGAAACCUUCGACCCCUCAACCGUAUACAUAAUCCACACCGAUGUACACCCCGCGUGGUUCAAAAAGCGCAUCUUCAGCGUCCCUAUCGGUCUCAACCUUCUGAUUACCGCUAUACUCGUCUGGCGCGCCUACGCCAUCAUCCCGUUCUACUACAAGAUCCUCGCGUCGUUGGGCGGACACUCGAACCACACGACGAUAUACUAUGCUAAGCAGACUUGGGGUGGCCUGAUAUGGAAAGUCGUACAGCGCAUGGUCACUUUCUUCAUAGACUACGUGUUGGUCAUGGUCAUUGCGCCCUGGCCAUAUGGGUUCUUCCUUGAAGCGCCGGGCAACCCAGUGCGAUGGCGGUGGAACGUUGGGUUUAGGGACGAGGAGGUAUACGUGAGGCAGAGUAGAGGGUGGGGUGCGAAGGAUUUACUUGGUGAGGCGGAAGGUAGUUCGGGUAAAGCAGGUGAAGAGUCGCCUUUUUUUAAAACCAGGAUUUUGCCAGCUGUCGAUCCGCAGAGACUUAAGGAGAAGACCGGGUAUCUGCUGAUGGAUGGGGAUUUCGACCUGGACUUCUAUGGAAUGACAGCCGCAACACAGCUGCUGGACAGGAAGGACGUCGCCGCAGAUCUGCUCAAGAAGUGUGUGCUCGUCUAUGUUGGCGAUACGGCUAAGGGCGAGGGGCAGUGGACGGUUUGGAACUGUGGCAUGCUUGACGUCAACGAGCCCAGUGAGAUGGAGGCUAGAGACAAGGUGAUUGCUAUCAAGGACAAGCUCACAGAGAUGGGUAAGGAGAAUCUGUUCUUUCGAUGGGUCGAGCUCAUUCAGUAUGAGAGCAACGCGCCUGGCGGUUUCACACAAGAAAGACAGGUCGCGGCGGCAGAGAAGGUCAAGAAGAUGUUCGAAGAGCAGGGUGUAGAUUGGGACAAAUUCAGCCAGGAAAUCGGAGGUCUCGAGGGUGUGCCAGGCUUGUAGCCGGUUGCCAUUGCAUUGCGUUGCGUUGCGUUGCGGGUUUGUUAUCAAGAUACCCAAAAGUUGUCACUAUGGAACAGUGCGAAAGUCGAAAUAUAGCUCAUGUGGACAAUGGAAAGCCUCCCGUCCUGUCAUCCUCUUUGCCCUCACACGCCCGCAAUCGCAUAGAAGAAUACCGAACUGCGCCGGAAGGGCCAGCCUUCUCUUCCUGCAGAGAGGCUAGUGUGUCCUGAUCAUAAGGUCGUA